AUGAGUAGACGUUCGAGCAGAACCGUCUAUGUUGGGAAUCUACCCGGCGAUAUCCGUGAAAGAGAAGUUGAAGAUUUGUUCAUGAAGUAUGGACACAUAACUCACAUUGACCUAAAGGUUCCGCCGAGGCCCCCUGGCUAUGCAUUUGUAGAGUUUGAUGAUGCUCAAGAUGCUGAGGAUGCAAUUCGCGGCCGUGAUGGUUAUGAUUUUGACGGACACCGGUUACGGGUGGAGGCUGCUCAUGGUGGCCGGGGUACUGGCAAUUCAUCUUCAAGAGAUCGCCAUAGUAGUCAAAGCAAUGGCAGGGGUGGGCGUGGAGUAUCCAGACGCUCUGAAUAUCGUGUUUUAGUCAGUGGAUUGCCAUCUUCUGCAUCCUGGCAGGAUCUUAAGGAUCACAUGCGAAAAGCAGGGGAUGUUUGCUUUUCCCAAGUUUUUCAUGAUGGAAGGGGUACUACUGGGAUUGUGGAUUACACCAACUAUGAUGACAUGAAAUAUGCUAUCAAAAAGCUUGAUGACUCUGAGUUCCGGAAUGCAUUUUCCAAGUCUUAUGUUCGCGUGAGAGAAUAUGAUUCAAGGCGGGACUCUAGAAGUCCUAGUCGUGGCCCAUCUCAUUCUAGAGGAAGAAGCUACAGCCGUAGCCGUAGCCGCAGUCGUAGUGACAGUCCUGUGCGAAGCCCAAGCAAAUCUCCAAAGGGUAAAUCCUCACAACGGUCACCUGCUAAAUCUCCAGCCAGAUCGGUUUCUCGUUCUCGCUCAAGAUCUAGAUCCCGUUCAUUAUCAGGAUCACGGUCAAGGUCAAGGUCUCCAUUACCUCUGCGUAACAAAAGCCCCAUAAAGCGCAGUGCUAGCAGGAGUCCAAGUAGGAGCAGGAGUCCAAGUAGGAGCCGCAGCAAAAGUUUAUCCAGGUGA